UUGAAAUGUUCUCUCACCAAAAAUUAAUAGAAGAGAUAAAUUUUCAGCUGUGUAUAAUCAUCAUCUUUCAAUAUCAUCAUGGAGAGGAACGGGGCCGUGGAUUUUUUUAUUUUCUGUGUGCUUCUCAAUUGUCUGGUAGAAAAGAUUAUAAACUUCAAGGCCUUUAUGUCGCACCAGCCACCACCAACUCAAGGCUUUACUCAGCUUCAGAUAACCCGAGAAAAUUUGGGCUUACUGAAACCAUAUGAUAUAGAUCAAAUCCACUCAUGGCGUACUAAUUCCAGUAAUGGCGUUCUUUCCACCUGGCUUUUCAAAGACGACAAACCCUACUUUCCAGAGAGCAACACCAACCCUAGGACAGAAUUCUUCAUCAGGGGAUAUGACUACACAGGUGGGGUGUGGAGGUUUGAGGCAGAGAUGUAUGCUGGGUCAAAUACAACAGGAGUAUCCGUGAUGCAGAUUUCUGGGGGUGUGCAAAGGGACAUGGCGUUUAUGCUGCAGAUUAACGAUGGAUAUCUAACACAUUACAACGACCCGGUGCUGCCGAAACGUAUUUAUAAUCAGUGGAUUUCCCUGAAUGUUGUCCACAAUGCAAACGAAAGGAAAGUGGGUUUGUCUGUGAAUGGGCAGGAGGAGCAAGUGUUUCCUGAUGCAGGGCCUGGCGUUCAUUUUUUCAAGUUUGGGGUGCAGGCUCUGGCCAACUCUUCACCUACCAUGGAAACUCGUUGGAGAAAUAUCCGACUUUGGAGAUUGAGAAUGGAAUUGGACUCAAUUCUGUGAGAGUUGAUAGCAGUCCUUGUAAGAGAGCUGAGUUCCAUGCAUUGAGCUCUCAUUUGAAACAAAUAUUUUAUUAUUACAGCUAGUAUGGUGCUUAGGUAUACCUGAUUUACACAUUGACGGACACCUAAGGAAUGUGACAUCCCAUUCAUGAAAAUGGCAACUUCGAAGAGGUUUGUUGCUGAAUCCUUAAUUUAAGUUACUAGCAUCUAAUAAUGUGAAGAAUGGGUCUUCCCAUGUCCCUUCCGAGUAAAUUUAUCUAGGUUUUAGCUAGGUUCCUCUAACACUCAUAUUCAAAUUAUUUGGAGCCAGACUUCUAAAGCUUUUAGAAAA